CAACAACAACAAUCACAUCUUGCAUUCAUCCUCAUCAUCACACGCUGGUCGUGCAAAAAUCAUCAAGCAAACUCAUCAACCAACCUAUUCAAUCAUGAAGGCUACCAUCAUCUCCGUCACUUCCCUCCUGGCCCUGGCUUCUAGCGUUGCUGCCCAUGCCUCGCUCAAGUACCCGUGCCCUCGCUACUCGCCUUUUGGCGAGAACUGCCCUGCUGUUCCUGGUGGCCAGUCUCUCGACAGUGGCAUCAACGCGCCCAUCAGCUCGAUGACGCUGGGUCAGAAGAACCCGUUUUGCAAGUACACGACUCCAUUUGCAACACCCUCGGCCACCUGGACAGCUGGUGAGUCAGUGACAGUCAAGUUCCAUGACAACAUUGCUGCGCACUCAGGCUGUUGCAUAACUGAUCCUGAUCCUUAGAUCCACGCCACAGUGCAUACGCAAGAGUAUAGUGGCCCCACUAUAUAGUUCAGUACACGCCAGCGCGUCAGCAGCCCUCCUUAGUUUCUUUACUGUCACUAGUUAUAUACCACGUUAAGUUACCAG